AUGAGAGGAGGAUCAUCAAAUAUCGCCGGCGUGUUGCCGCUAUUCAUGCUAUUCAUCGCCGGAACAAUCUCCGCCUUUGAAGAUAUCGAGAAAUUAAGGAUUUGGCCGUUGCCGGCGGAAGUUAGCCGCGGCGGCCGAAGAAUGCGUCUGAGCGAAGAUUUCAAGCUUGUUACAGAAGGAAGCAAAUACGGUGAUCCUUCGGGGAUUUUGAAAGAAGGAUUCGAUAGAAUGCUCGGAGUUGUGAGGCUAAGCCACGUCGUCUCCGGCGAUAGAAAUUCUUCAGGCUCCAAUGGAUCUGCUCUGCUUCAGGGACUCCACGUCAUCAUCUCCUCCUCCAACGAUGAGUUGGAAUAUGGAAUAGACGAGUCGUACAAAUUAGUGGUUGCAUCCGGAGAGAAGCCAUCUUUUGCACAACUUGAGGCAAAGAGCGUUUACGGUGCAUUGCACGGUCUACAGACAUUCAGCCAGUUAUGCCAUUUUAAUAUGAAGAAAAAGGUUAUAGAGAUUCUAAUGACUCCAUGGACUAUCACAGACCAGCCUAGAUUCUCUUACCGUGGCCUUUUGAUCGAUACCUCUCGGCAUUAUUUGCCACUUCCUGUUAUAAAGAAAGUGAUAGAGUCCAUGACAUACGCCAAACUCAAUGUGUUACACUGGCACAUUGUGGAUACACAAUCAUUUCCAUUAGAGAUUCCUUCUUAUCCAAAGCUAUGGAAGGGUGCUUACUCUUCCGAUCAGCGAUACACCUUUGAAGACGCUACUGAGAUAGUCAAUUAUGCUCGACGCAGAGGGAUUCAUGUCUUGGCUGAGAUUGAUGUUCCAGGUCACGCUCUCUCAUGGGGAAAAGGAUAUCCUGCCUUGUGGCCCUCCAAGAAUUGUCAACAACCACUUGACGUGAGUAGUGACUUUACAUUCAAAGUCAUUGAUGGGAUUCUUUCUGAUUUCAGCAAGAUCUUUAAGUUUAAAUUUGUACAUUUGGGAGGUGACGAAGUAAAUACAACUUGCUGGUCUACAACGCCAAGAAUAGCCCAAUGGCUAAAAAAACAUCGGAAGAGUGAGGCAGAAGCUUAUCAAUACUUCGUGUUGCGGGCACAAAAGAUCGCUUUGUCUCAUGGAUAUGAAAUCAUCAACUGGGAAGAAACCUUCAACAAUUUUGGAGACAAAUUAAGCCCGAAAACCGUGGUUCACAACUGGCUUGAUAAAGGAGUUGUUGAGAAAGUGACGGCGGCUGGUUUAAGGUGUAUAGUGAGUAACCAAGACAAAUGGUAUUUGGACCAUACAGACGCACUAUGGCAAAUGUUUUACGCGAACGAGCCACUUGAAAACAUAACGAACCCAAAGCAACAAAGUCUAGUACUUGGUGGUGAAGUGUGCAUGUGGGGUGAAAACAUUGAUGCUUCUGACAUUGAACAAACCAUUUGGCCUCGCGCUGCCGCAGCCGCAGAGCGGUUAUGGACACCCUAUGCAAAGUUGGCUAAAAGUCCCGACCAGGUAACGACGAGAUUGGCUCACUUCAGAUGUUUGUUGAAUCAAAGAGGAGUUGCAGCUGCACCUUUGGUUGGUGGUGGACGAGCCGUGCCUUACGGACCAGGUUCAUGUCUCGCUCAGUGA